CCAGCCCCCCACCCCGCCACCUUCGUCCCCGCCGAGCCCUCCACGCUAACCGCUCUCCCCCUCCCUGCAGGCGGCUUCGAUGGCUUCCAGGCCUGCUGUCCGGAUCUGUGCUCCGAGUCCCCCGCCCCGGCCAUGCCGUCUGCUGGGGUCGAGAACAGUCGCUCUGACCCCAGGGCGCCCUUCUACGACCAGGGUGGCCCUGUGGAGAUCUUACCCUACCUGUUCCUGGGCAGCUGCAGCCACUCCUCCGACCUGCAGGGGCUGCAGGCUUGUGGCAUCACAGCGGUCCUCAACGUCUCCGCCAGCUGCCCCAACCACUUUGAGGGCCUUUUCCGCUACAAGAGCAUCCCGGUGGAGGACAACCAGAUGGUGGAGAUCAGUGCCUGGUUCCAGGAGGCUAUAAGCUUCAUUGACUCAGUGAAGAACAGUGGAGGCCGGGUCCUGGUGCACUGCCAGGCGGGCAUCUCACGCUCUGCCACCAUCUGCCUGGCUUACCUGAUACAGAGCCACCGAGUGAGGCUGGACGAAGCCUUCGACUUCGUUAAGCAACGCCGGGGAGUCAUCUCCCCCAACUUCAGUUUCAUGGGGCAGCUGCUACAGUUUGAGACUCAGGUGCUGUGUCACUGAGGCAGGGCCCCACCAUGCCGGCUCACCCGGCGGGGGGGGGCCACCGAUUCCCUCCUGUUCAGGGAAAGCUGCCCUUUCCCCAAAAUUGGAAAAGCCCCCAGGUGGUGGUGCUGGGAAUGCAGGAAUUCUGGACUUUCCCACCUGGUGCUCUUCUGCUAGGUUUGAGGGCUGGCCCUCGUUCUGGGGACCAGCAUGGAGGGUGUGUCUGCUUCCCCUCCCACCUCUAUCUUCUGGCAGAAACUAACUGGACUCUAUACCUAUGGAUUCCCACUGGUCCCACCACCACGUUGAAGCCCUUGGCAGCCUGAGAGCUCCAAGGAAUAAGCUGUGACAACCAGGAGCCCCGUCAGGGGGGAGGGGGGCCCACUACAGGCCUGGAGCCUGUGCCCUGUGCUCUGGGGAGCUGGGCAUCAGGGAAGCGCUGCGGCUGUUGCGUGUGGCCCUCUGGCCUGCGUGCGUGCGCGUGCAUGUGUGUGAGCAUUUCACGGCUCUCUCGGUGCUGGAAAGUUUUUUGUGUUCAGCUGACAUUUAACACUCCCUCCCCCACUUCCUCCCAGCCCUGUGGGUGGGGGUUGGAAACUUAGCACUUUAUAUUUAUACAGAACAUUGAGGAUGUGUCAAUAAAAUAUUGUUUUGUUUAAAAAACAA